AUGCCAGAAAGGGACUUGCAACGAUAUCCCAAUCUGCGGACCGCCUACAUUCGCGGAUGGGAAAAAUGUAUGGCAGGAAUUCCUACUCCUCCCCCUGCAAUCUUCCAACCGACAGUCCGGCCCUCAUUUGUUCCCCCUCAACGUCAACCACAACCGUAUAACCAUCCAAAACCGACGACAAGCACGAAAGUCAUGCCAUCGACAUCUACCGCCACUGCGAGUGUCAAGUCUGGUCCCGGCUCUACCACUUCGUCAACUCAGUCUUACGUUGGAAUGACGUAUAAGGAGAAAAAAAGACAACGCACGGUGGAUUACAGGAGGCAGAAGAAGCAGGAAUUGCAACGACUCACCAGGGAAAUCAAGUUGCAGUCCUCCUAUGGCUCACAACAGCACCGUUUGGCUAAGACGACGGAGAUCCAAGUAGCGACACCACCAACCCCCAUGCCAAGGACCGUUCCACCUAUAGAAGUAGCCACCGAGAUAACAGAGGAGGCACCAAUGGACAUCGAGGUCUCGGCAGGAGAGCUCAUGCAAUCUCCCGACUGUUUUAAUGAAGAUAUUGAGACUUUCCUCAAUCAACCUCUACCAUCUGCUCCCUAG